AUGCCUUCCUGUUCAGUUACUCUCUUUUUUCUUCUGCUUGCUGGACCCAGCAGCAAGUUAGUCAGUACUGGUAGAGGUAGGAUGGGGUUGGAGGGCCAUGUAAGGACAGAAGGGGGGGAUCGAUCUGAACUUACGAACAAGGGUGGAGAUAAAGCUGACAGCAGGAAAAAAACUGAAACUGGAGAUAAAUCUGCGUUUAAACCAGGAGUUACAGCAGAAGAAGUUGGGAAAGUGUGGCAGGACUUGGGUACCACAUCUAACUUCAGGUCCACAUUCUCAUUCAGCGACAGUCGACGAUGGGAACCUCGCAUCUCCUCUCACUGUGUGCCCAUCCCAACAGGCAUGGCCUUGUGCCUGAACAUAAGCUACGACACCAUGAGGAUGCCAAACCUGCUGGGCCACGAGUCUCCAGCCGAAGCUGUGCAACAGAGUGCCAGCUGGUUGCCACUCCUUGCCAGAGAGUGUCAUCCCGACGCCCGCAUAUUCCUCUGCUCUCUCUUUGCUCCCAUCUGCCUCGACCGGUUUAUUUCACCCUGCAGAAGUUUGUGUGAAUCUGUGCGGGACAGGUGUGCCCCAAUCAUGAGUUGCUAUGGCUACCCCUGGCCUGAAAUCCUCCGGUGUGACCAGUAUCCCGCGGAUCAUUUGGUGUGCAUCUCCUCAGUCACCAACACCACUGUUCACACAGCGGUAGGCAGAGUGCCUCAGGCAAGCUGCCGGGAUUGUGAGCUGGAGGAGGGCUCUUCUUCAAAGGACACACUGGAGACCUUCUGUAAGAGUGAUUUUGUAGUGAAGCUGCGUCUGAUGAGGCUCAAAUACAGUCCCGUAAGUCUUUCUCAGUUCUCACUAGCUGCCAAGCUGGACGUUCUAAAGUAUGGGCCCCUCUUCGGGGGGCACAUUCGUUCCCGUAUUGAGCUGUGGCUGGAGAGGGAUGCAACCUGCGUACAGAACAUGGUCCGUCAACAUCCACGAGGCGGCACCUUCCUGGUGUCGGGCACGGUGCACGGGGAGCACCUGGUGGUCAACAAGGCUUACGUUUGGCAAAGACGAGACAAGAACCUAAUGGCGGCUGCACAGAAAUGGAAAACUCACAGAUGCAGGACUAAUGUCUUAUUUUAGUGAAGUUUAACUCAACUGGGCAGCAAACUCUGGUUAGGAAGUACAGUUGAGAAAAUUUCCAUAAAGCUGCAACUGUAAACAAUUUGAAUGAUUUUAAGCGAGGGAAUAAAAAAAAAAAAAAAAAAGAAAAAAAAUUUUUA